AUAUAUACACACAGUCUGUAUAUAUAUGUGUGUGCGCGUGUAUUUCAAGGUUUCAGUUUUCUACUAAAAGAAUAUAUACUACAAAUUAGGUGGUGCAAAUAGCGUGACUGAAUUUAAUGGAAGAAGAUGGAAAGGAGAUUGAAAAUAAUAUUAAUAUAGUAAAUAACUUAUUUACCACCGUCAAUUCUACACCUGUUUUCUGGAAAUCCAGACGGCGAUCAGCUAGUGCGAAAAAUCUGCACAAGGACAUAGCAGAUGGUGCUGAUAAGACACCUGAAACUAAGGAUGAGCAACUCACGGAUGAAAAAAUGGAAGAAUCUACCCCGCCCACAAUUCUAUCUGAGAAACGUAAGGCUCUCUUUGAACCUCUGGAACCUAUAAUGGAUUUGAAUGGUAGAAGACCCACAUCAGAAUCUUUACUUCCCCCGCCGGACUUUGACUCUGCCAGUUACCCUCGUGGAUGGCUUAUUGGUAAGAAACGGAAGCUUGUAAAUGUGGAUGUUGUUGAAAGCAUGCGCAGAAUCGCGGUACAAGAAAUGAAUAGAAAGGACAGGGAGAUUAAUGGACUUAACGAGCAGUUGGAAGAGGAUUCACGUGUUCUUGAACACCUUCAACUUCAGCUGCUUGAGGAACGGAGCAAACGUGCAGAUGUUGAGCGACAAAAUACAUUACUUCAGAACCAGGUUGAUAUGCUUAUGAAUAUGCUUCAGGAGCCUGAAAAUAUUGAUGACGAGGAUGGCUCACAAGAACCGUAAGUGUAUAUCCCUCUUUCUAUUCCUGGUCAAUUUGUAAAGCUAGAAUUAUAUGGAUGAUGCAUCCUGUUUUGUGUUUUUACUGUAAAAUAUCGUGUGUAAUAGUAUUGCAUGAAAAGUAAGUGGACUAAUACAUCAAAUGUAUCAUAUUACGUGAAAAAAGAAUCUUAUUUUUUUUA